GUGGAGGGAGGGCGGGGGGACGCGCUCCUUUGGAUGCUGGAUUUCGGGGUUUUGGACUCACUCGCUGACUCUCCUCCACUUCCUCGCUCUGGACUGGGCUGGCCGCGCGAGGACCGGGCGGCGGCAGCCACUGGGGGGAUUCCCGCGGCGGGGGCCGCAGCUGCGCGGGAUUCAGUCGGCCGCCCGGACUCCGGCGGCUCGGGCAGGCGUGGGCUGCGCGGGCGUGGAGGGGCGUGAAGGCGCUGGAGCAAAGUGCUGGUGGCGGCACGGGAGGCGGUGGCGGAGGCUGCCCGGAGCCAACAUGACCAGGCUCUGAAAGUGUUCCAGCUGAAAGUGCACAUCGGUCCGGCUCGCUGCGGCUUCGGAGGCAGUGACUCCAGGCUGCCCGUGGGCGCUGGUGCCGGGCUGCAGGAUGGUGCGCGUGGCCAGGCCGCUGUUGCUGCUGCUUGCCGUCUUCCUCCACGCGGAUGCUGAGACACCUCCAAGGUUUACACGAACUCCCGUUGACCAGACAGGGGUCUCUGGUGGAGUUGCCUCUUUCAUUUGCCAAGCGACAGGAGACCCAAGACCUAAAAUUGUCUGGAACAAAAAAGGAAAGAAAGUCAGCAAUCAGAGAUUUGAGGUAAUAGAGUUUGACGAUGGAUCUGGAUCAGUUCUCAGAAUACAACCCUUACGGACUCCGCGGGAUGAGGCAAUUUAUGAAUGUGUGGCCUCGAAUAACGUGGGAGAAAUAAGUGUAUCUACCAGACUCACAGUUUUACGUGAGGAUCAAAUUCCCAGGGGCUUCCCUACCAUUGACAUGGGCCCACAGUUGAAGGUGGUUGAGCGUACACGCACUGCCACCAUGCUUUGUGCAGCCAGUGGGAAUCCGGAUCCAGAAAUCACUUGGUUCAAAGAUUUCUUACCUGUCGACACAAGCAACAACAAUGGCCGCAUUAAGCAGUUACGAUCAGGAGCCCUUCAGAUCGAACAGAGUGAAGAAUCUGACCAAGGAAAAUAUGAGUGUGUUGCCACCAACAGCGCGGGCACUCGCUAUUCUGCCCCUGCCAAUUUAUAUGUCAGAGUUCGCCGUGUCCCACCAAGAUUCUCUAUCCCACCCACUAAUCACGAAAUCAUGCCAGGUGGAAGUGUUAAUAUCACCUGUGUCGCUGUGGGGUCACCAAUGCCUUAUGUGAAGUGGAUGUUGGGGGCAGAAGAUCUGACACCUGAAGAUGAUAUGCCAAUAGGAAGAAAUGUCCUAGAACUGAAUGAUGUAAGACAGUCAGCAAAUUAUACCUGUGUUGCUAUGUCGACACUGGGUGUCAUUGAAGCAAUAGCCCAGAUCACUGUCAAAGCCUUACCCAAACCUCCAGGAACUCCUGUCGUGACUGAGAGCACAGCUACAAGCAUCACACUGACAUGGGACUCUGGGAACCCUGAGCCUGUCUCUUACUACAUCAUUCAGCAUAAACCUAAAAAUUCUGAAGAACCUUACAAAGAAAUUGAUGGGGUGGCGACCACACGCUACAGUGUCGCUGGACUAAGUCCCUACUCAGAUUACGAAUUCAGGGUUGUUGCUGUCAAUAACAUCGGGCGGGGGCCUCCCAGUGAGCCCGUGCUAACACAGACCUCAGAGCAAGCGCCGUCCAGUGCCCCCAGGGAUGUCCAGGCGCGGAUGUUGAGUUCAACCACCAUUUUGGUACAGUGGAAGGAACCUGAAGAACCAAAUGGACAGAUUCAAGGAUACCGAGUUUAUUAUACAAUGGAUCCCACUCAGCAUGUUAACAACUGGAUGAAACACAAUGUGGCUGACAGCCAAAUCACUACUAUUGGCAACUUAGUGCCCCAGAAAACGUAUUCUGUCAAAGUCCUGGCUUUUACCUCAAUUGGAGAUGGUCCUCUUUCAAGUGACAUACAAGUCAUCACUCAGACAGGAGUGCCAGGGCAGCCACUAAACUUCAAGGCAGAACCUGAAUCCGAAACAAGUAUUUUGCUCUCUUGGACGCCUCCACGUUCAGACACCAUCGCCAACUAUGAACUGGUCUACAAAGAUGGGGAGCAUGGAAAGGAGCAACGGAUUACCAUUGAGCCAGGGACAUCUUAUAGGCUGCAAGGGCUGAGACCAAACAGCUUGUACUACUUCCGUCUGGCUGCACGCUCUCCCCAAGGCCUGGGUGCUUCCACAGCUGAAAUAUCAGCCAGAACCAUGCAGUCAAAGCCGUCAGCUCCUCCUCAAGACAUUAGUUGCACCAGCCCAAGUUCCACUAGUAUUUUGGUAAGUUGGCAACCUCCACCAGUGGAAAAACAGAAUGGCAUUAUUACUGAAUACUCCAUCAAGUAUACCGCAGUGGAUGGAGAAGAUGACAAACCUCAUGAGAUUUUGGGAAUACCUUCGGACACUACCAAAUACCUUUUGGAACAGCUGGAAAAAUGGACUGAGUACCGGAUCACUGUGACAGCCCACACAGAUGUCGGCCCUGGCCCUGAGAGCUUGUCCGUGUUGAUUCGAACCGAUGAAGAUGUUCCUAGUGGUCCUCCUCGCAAAGUCGAGGUAGAGGCUGUCAACUCAACAUCUGUUAAAGUCUCAUGGCGCUCACCUGUGCCCAAUAAACAGCAUGGCCAGAUAAGAGGAUACCAGGUGCAUUAUGUGAGGAUGGAAAAUGGUGAACCCAAGGGCCAGCCCAUGCUGAAGGAUGUCAUGCUGGCUGACGCACAGUGGGAAUUUGAUGAUACUACUGAACAUGACAUGAUUAUUUCUGGGCUACAGCCUGAAACUUCCUACUCCCUCACUGUCACAGCCUACACCACCAAAGGAGAUGGAGCUCGCAGCAAACCCAAACUGGUGUCCACCACUGGGGCAGUUCCAGGGAAACCCCGGCUUGUGAUUAACCACACUCAGAUGAAUACUGCUCUCGUUCAGUGGCACCCGCCUGUGGACACAUUUGGACCCCUCCAGGGCUACCGUCUAAAAUUUGGCCGGAAGGACAUGGAGCCACUCACUACUCUUGAGUUCUCCGAAAAAGAAGAUCACUUCACGGCGACAGACAUCCACAAAGGAGCAUCGUACAUCUUCAGGCUCUCAGCCAGAAACAAAGUGGGCUUUGGGGAGGAGAUGGUGAAGGAGAUUUCUGUUCCAGAAGAAGUCCCAACUGGAUUCCCUCAAAACCUCCACUCAGAAGGCAGCACGUCAACCUCUGUCCAGUUAUCUUGGCAGCCGCCUGUCCUGGCAGAGAGAAAUGGCAUUAUCACCAAGUACACCCUUCUGUACAGGGAUAUCAAUAUCCCUCUUCUUCCAAUGGAGCAGCUCAUUGUUCCAGCUGACACCACUCUGACACUCAGUGGCUUAAAACCAGAUACCACAUAUGAUGUAAAAGUACGUGCUCACACGAGCAAAGGCCCCGGGCCGUAUAGUCCCAGUGUCCAGUUCAGGACACUGCCUGUGGAUCAAGCAGUGUUUGCAAAAAAUUUUCAUGUUAAAGCAGUAAUGAAGACUUCAGUGCUACUGUCUUGGGAGAUUCCAGAGAAUUAUAAUUCUGCCAUGCCUUUCAAAAUUCUUUAUGAUGAUGGGAAAAUGGUAGAAGAAGUGGAUGGCCGAGCUACCCAGAAGUUAAUUGUCAACCUGAAGCCUGAGAAGUCAUAUUCAUUUGUGCUGACAAAUCGUGGCAACAGUGCUGGGGGGCUGCAGCACAGGGUAACUGCAAAGACUGCACCAGAUGUUCUACGUACCAAGCCUGCCUUCAUUGGGAAGACCAACUUGGAUGGCAUGAUUACCGUGCAACUGCCCGAAGUACCUGCAAAUGAGAAUAUAAAAGGUUACUACAUAAUAAUUGUGCCUUUGAAGAAAUCUCGUGGGAAAUUUAUCAAGCCGUGGGAUAGUCCAGAUGAAAUGGAAUUAGAUGAGCUGCUUAAAGAGAUAUCUAGGAAACGCAGAAGCAUCCGUUAUGGGAGAGAAGUUGAAUUGAAGCCAUAUAUUGCCGCUCACUUUGAUGUCCUUCCCACUGAGUUCACCCUGGGGGAUGACAAACAUUAUGGUGGAUUUACAAACAAGCAACUCCAAAGUGGUCAAGAAUAUGUCUUCUUUGUGUUAGCAGUGAUGGAACACGCAGAGUCUAAGAUGUAUGCAACCAGCCCUUACUCGGAUCCCGUUGUGUCAAUGGAUUUGGAUCCACAGCCAAUCACAGAUGAGGAAGAAGGCUUGAUCUGGGUUGUAGGUCCUGUCCUUGCGGUGGUCUUUAUCAUCUGCAUUGUCAUAGCUAUUCUUCUUUAUAAAAGGAAGAGGGCAGAGUCUGAUUCUAGAAAGAGCAGCAUACCAAACAGUAAGGAGGUCCCUUCACACCACCCAACAGACCCAGUAGAACUGAGGCGCCUUAAUUUCCAAACACCAGGUUCAGAUGAUUCCGGUUACCCUGGUAACCUUCAUUCUUCAAGUAUGGCUAGCCAUCCUCCAAUACCUAUCUUGGAACUCGCAGAUCACAUUGAAAGGUUAAAAGCAAAUGACAACUUGAAGUUUUCCCAGGAAUAUGAGUCAAUUGACCCUGGCCAGCAGUUCACAUGGGAACAUUCCAACUUGGAAGUAAACAAACCAAAGAACAGAUAUGCAAAUGUAAUCGCAUAUGAUCAUUCCCGAGUUCUCCUAUCAGCAAUAGAAGGAAUCCCAGGAAGUGACUAUGUGAAUGCUAACUACAUAGAUGGCUAUAGGAAACAAAAUGCCUAUAUUGCAACACAGGGAUCUCUCCCCGAAACAUUUGGGGACUUUUGGAGAAUGAUAUGGGAACAACGGAGUGCCACAGUUGUUAUGAUGACAAAACUAGAAGAACGAUCCAGGGUGAAGUGUGACCAGUAUUGGCCCAGUAGAGGCACAGAAACCCAUGGGCUUGUCCAAGUGACGCUGCUAGAUACCGUGGAGCUGGCCACGUAUUGUGUUCGAACGUUUGCACUUUACAAGAACGGCUCAAGUGAGAAGAGAGAAGUAAGACAAUUCCAGUUCACCGCCUGGCCUGAUCACGGUGUUCCAGAACACCCAACACCUUUUCUAGCUUUCUUACGGAGAGUCAAAACCUGUAACCCUCCUGAUGCAGGUCCGAUGGUUGUGCACUGCAGCGCGGGCGUUGGCCGGACUGGCUGUUUCAUUGUGAUAGACGCCAUGUUAGAAAGAAUAAAGCAUGAAAAAACUGUAGAUAUUUACGGCCAUGUAACUUUAAUGAGAGCCCAGAGGAAUUACAUGGUUCAGACAGAAGACCAGUACAUCUUCAUCCACGAUGCAUUGUCGGAGGCAGUGACUUGCGGGGAUACCGAAGUGCCGGCUAGAAACUUGUACGCCUACAUUCAGAAGCUGACACAAAGAGAAACAGGAGAGAAUGUCACAGGGAUGGAGCUCGAAUUUAAGCGUCUAGCCAGUUCUAAAGCUCACACCUCAAGAUUCAUCAGUGCCAAUCUUCCAUGUAAUAAAUUCAAGAAUCGCCUUGUUAAUAUUAUGCCAUAUGAAUCCACAAGGGUAUGCCUGCAGCCUAUCCGAGGAGUAGAAGGAUCUGAUUACAUCAAUGCCAGUUUUAUUGAUGGAUACAGACAACAGAAAGCUUACAUUGCUACCCAGGGGCCCUUGGCAGAGACCACCGAAGACUUCUGGCGGAUGCUCUGGGAGCACAAUUCCACCAUCGUUGUGAUGCUCACCAAGCUGCGUGAGAUGGGCAGAGAGAAAUGUCACCAGUACUGGCCAGCAGAACGAUCUGCAAGAUACCAGUACUUUGUUGUAGAUCCCAUGGCUGAGUACAACAUGCCACAAUAUAUACUAAGAGAAUUCAAGGUCACAGAUGCCAGGGACGGGCAGUCCCGAACGGUGAGGCAGUUCCAGUUCACUGACUGGCCAGAGCAAGGAGUGCCAAAGUCUGGAGAAGGAUUUAUUGACUUCAUUGGCCAAGUCCAUAAAACAAAAGAGCAGUUUGGCCAAGAUGGACCCAUUUCAGUCCAUUGCAGUGCGGGCGUUGGAAGAACUGGAGUCUUCAUAACACUAAGCAUUGUUUUGGAAAGAAUGAGAUAUGAAGGAGUAGUAGAUAUCUUCCAGACUGUCAAAAUGUUAAGAACGCAACGACCAGCCAUGGUGCAGACAGAGGAUCAGUAUCAGUUCUGCUAUCGAGCCGCACUAGAGUACCUGGGCAGCUUUGAUCACUAUGCAACGUAGAAACCCCUGACCCACUUUGGAUUUUUACUGCAAGCCCUUCAAUAUCCAUGGAGUCUCUUCUGAGCCAUACAGGGCAUUUGAGAAGUCCUUCUUAACUUCUAGCUAACAACCACUUAGUGGGACUAUCACACACAAAACAAAUUUAAAAACACAAACUCUUCUGGGUGGACCAAGAAUUCACAGUUUAAUAAUCUAACCUGAAAAAUAAUAAAGAGAGUCCUGACUGAUGAGGCAUCUGAAGGAUUUUAUUUACAGAUACCUCAAGGAUUCAAAAUAAAGGGAAGAAGAAAUCACAGCAAAGAACCGCCAUCUUGUUCAGGAUUGCUUGAUAGGUGCAAAGAGAAAUGGCCUGAGUGCAGCAGUUCAGGGCAAGAUCUUUGCUGGCUUCUUAUGACAAAAUGGACUUUGCUUUGACAUUGCCCCUUCCCACCAUACUACUCAUGAUAACAUUUUAGCGGGAAAGGGGGUGGGGAAUGUUUAAAAAGAAAGUCUUUGAUUUAGUUUUUUAGUAUUGUAAAGAUACUGCUGACCUGUGCUUCAUUUUUAACUGUGUAAACUUUUUUUUUAACAAAAUGUAUCAUUCGAUAAAGUGAAUUUUAAAAAAGUUACAUAACUCUUCAUUUUUUAUUUCCAAAUUGUAGGUUUUUUUAAGCUGUAGAACUGUUAUCUGUGAUACCUUGCUGUAGAAAUAUAAAAUAAUUGGAAAAUUUGCACAUUUUUGUGCAAUACUCUUAAUCUACAGUCUCGGUCUCGUCUGGUAUUACUUUUACACUUCUCUCUGGUUUUUGUUGCUGAGAAAGUACCCAUUUUCUUCAAAUAAUAAAGAGAACUUUGUUUUGUUAUUUGGAAUCAACAGGGAGGCGCAAAGUAUAAAGUUGCUGCUAACAUAUAUACAUAUAUAUCCAUAUUUUAUAGGGGUGUCUAUGUAUAUAUAGAUAGUGUGUCCACACAAAAAGAUAGAUAUAGCUAUCAUUCAGUUCUUCCAUGAUUUAGUUUUUAAAUUUUUUAAGGUAGAGAAGCUACUGUAACAUCUUUUUCAAUUUGUUAUUAAUUUUAUGACAUACUGAUAUUUCUCAAUAUCACAAAAUUUUAAUUUUUAAGGGAAAUGAGGAAUGCACAUCAGUGAUUGUCAAACCUCACCCCCUUAAUUUCCCACCCAAUCUCCCCCCACCCCCCUAAUCAUAUUCACAAAUACUAUUUUGUUAGCCAGGCUUCCAACAAAGUUCAAUAUUUCUAACACUCUAGUGCAAUAAAACAUUAUUAAAUAUCUAAGAGGUGUGCAUGUGGGAAAGGUCAGUGCAUAUCCCUUUAGGAGGAGAGAAUGUUGUAAUAUAUCAGCUAUCAAGAUGUUUAAAAAACAGUGUAUUCAAUCGUAUAUUGUCUAUAGUAUGUGCUAUGAAAUUUGCAUUUAUGAUAUGUAACAGGGGCAAAGCCAAACUCAUGUUACUCUGUUCAGUCGGAAACAUUUUUUGUGGCAUACAGCAUUCCUGGGAAGUGCUGUACUUUGUUUUCUUUUGGUUUUAGUUUUGCAUUUAGAGUGCCUUAUAAUUGAUGCCUAUUUUAAUAGCAUUUCUUUUCAGCUUUUGGUUCAUAUUUUCAUUAUUUGUUCGUAUGUGUUUCUCUUCCAAUUAAAGCAUUAUCUGUUUACCACAUGUACAAAAACUCUUUGAAUAAUAUGCAUUCCUAGUUUUCAACCAAGUCGGGGAUGUUAGUGAUUGUACCAGCCCAAAGCACUUGGAUAAUCAGGGCCCUUCUUCCUUUCAUAAUUGUCAACAUCAGGAAAAGCUACCUGUUUUAUUUGUAAUCCCUUCCAAAUCUGCUCUGGAACAUUCAGUAACUGCACCAAACUUAAUUUAUUAACAAACAUGAUUGUCAACUUUGAACAUAUUUACUAUUUCAUUAGGAUUUUUCUAAAAGGAGAAAUUUAAAAAAAUAUAUAUAUAUAUGUAUAUAUAUAUCCCCCCCAAAUUUUUCAACAUAAUUUCUAUAGGAAGCCAUGGACAAUGGCAUGAGUUUGCCAUAUCUUACAUGAUUUUAAAGAACACUCAGAAUAUCCAAGGAACUCUUAUUAAAGAGUUUUGGUAAAAUAUUUUGGUUUAAUGUUAGCUUCAUUGAUGUUCUGCAUGGAAGGAUUUUUGUUUUCUACAUUUUCCCAUCACUAGCAGAAUGAAAUCCAAGAGACCAAACACUUGCAAGCAUCAUAUUUGAGCACUUUUGUAAAAAAAAAAAAGAAAAGAAAGAAAAAGAAAAAAAAAAGAAAAACUAUAAUACUCAAAAAAAAAAAAAAAGUAUCUAGAAGGCUACCUCAGAAUGAGACUCUCUAACCUACAUCAGAACAAGAGAAGAAUGUGCACUAUGUGGGUCUGUUGUUGUUUUCUUUUAGUUUGUAUCUUUUGGAGAUUUAUCCAAGUGCCAGAUUACUCAGUGCUAUGAUUUUUGUUUAGUGAAACAAAGGGGGUCAGACAGACAUUGCAUCAUGCAGACAUGCCAUGUUGGACAGGUAGAAUUCGAUGGUGUAUUGCACACCAGAACGAUUGGCCAAUGAGCAGUUUCUCUCCCUGAAACCAAAACUGCCCAUUUGGCAAAGGGAAAGGGGAGAAUAAUCACAAGAAGAAAAUGAACGGGAUGCAUACCAUAGACAAGCGUGGAGGAGACUAUUCCAGAUAUCUUACUGUUCAGGAGCUGUUCUGAGAGCUAACUCCCUUACUGUCAUUGAUGUGCAUUCCACUCUGCUUUUCUGUACAACCAUUCUAUCUUCUUUUCCCAGGUAAACAUCUUUAUCUACCACUACCAUAAACUUUCAAGUUUCCAAUUAUUUUCAUCAUCAUAACCAGUACGGUGCUAUUAUUUACCUAUGUACGUGUAGUUAUGUAUAAUUUUGUAAUUAGUUACAAAGGUAAAAAAAAAUCAAAAUAUAUAAAAAGUGAUUUGUACAGAACUUUAUUUUAGCUCUUUUUUAAAAAUGAUUUGCAUGGUUAGACAAUGGCGAGGACAGCCAGGGGAGGGAAGGGCCUCUAGGGAACUUUGCACUUUCUAUACCUUUGUACUAUGCACUGCCCUAUUGAUUCUACACCCAAUAAUGUUAUUACUUGAACCCAUCUGUAAGAAACUGCUUCAGAAAUUCGUUUGUGUGUAUGUAAAUAACCCACAUAGAAACAGGAAAGGAAAAAUUCUGCAGCAAUGUACAGAUUUUUUUCUUUCCUGGUUUUGUUUUUGUUUUGUUUUGUUUUUUUGGUUUCGCUUUGCUUUAGGCCUUUCUUUUUAUUUUUAAUUGCCUUUUCUUUUUCCUGUUUUGGAUUUUAGUUUCCUUUGGGUUUAUGGGUGCCCUGAUACUCCAGCAGAGAUCAGAAGGCUACAGAUCCAUCCUAUCCAUCUGUUAUGUGGCUUUGCCAUCCAAGCUUGGAGUGUCUUUACAAAGAUAAUAACAGUUGUGUUCUUUGCUCUCGUUUUGGAUGCAUAGACUGAAAAAUUAAAAAAAAAAAAAACUUGUAAAAUGGCUUGUUAAAAAAAUACAAUUACCUCUAAUCAGUAGUACGCGUAAAUGUUUUACAGAAUGAAAGGCGUGCUUUUUAUUUUCUUACUUCGUUACAUUGGUGGCGAAAGAAGUCUGUAUGAAAAUCAGUUCUUUGCUGACACAAGUUCCAUUUGUUACAAAUGAAUUCUAAUAAAAAUGUCAGUGUUAUGCA